CCGUCCCCCGUCAACCACCACCUUCAUGCUCCAGCUCCAGCUCCGGCUCCACGCUCCUUGUUUUUCCUUCUUCUGUUGACGGCGCGUCAUGCGCAACCCCUUCAAUGGCUGACUUGUAUCCUUCUCUCGCGCAAUGCGCCAUCGUGGCCACUGCGUUUAAGGUUCUCCUUUUCCCCGCAUACAAAUCCACCGACUUUGAGGUACAUCGGAACUGGCUUGCGAUUACCCACUCAUUGCCGGUCCAGGAGUGGUACUACGAGAAAUCCUCGGAGUGGACGCUCGACUAUCCUCCCUUUUUCGCGGCGUUCGAAUGGAUGCUCUCCCAGGCCGCGCGCUAUGCUGAUCCGGCGAUGCUGGUCGUCAAAAACCUCAACUAUGAUUCCUGGCAGACAAUUUACUUCCAACGGACGACGGUCAUUGUUACGGAGCUUGUCCUUCUCUUCGCAUUGAGCAGGUUCGUCAAGUCCGUAUCUCAGCAGAACAAGCAUCUUGCGCACAUCGCUAGCCUGUCCAUCUUCUUGUCCCCCGGUCUGCUCAUUAUCGACCACAUUCACUUCCAGUACAACGGGUUCCUCUACGGCAUUCUGAUCCUGUCGAUCGUGUUGGCGCGGCGGCAGUCGACCCUUCUAUACAGCGGAAUCACGUUCGCCGUGCUGCUGUGCUUGAAGCACAUCUAUCUAUACCUAGCGUUGGCCUACUUCGUUUACUUGGGAAGAGCCUACUGUUUGGACCCGAAAUCAGUCUUCCGGCCCCGGUUCUUCAACAUAAUCAAGCUCGGGGUGUGUGUCGUCGGCGUGUUCGCCUUGGCUUUUGGACCAUUUGCCUCCUGGGGGCAGCUGCUUCAACUAAAGGACCGCUUGUUCCCCUUCUCCAGGGGCCUGUGCCAUGCGUACUGGGCACCCAACGUGUGGGCGAUGUAUUCGUUCGCUGACCGUGCUCUGAUUCCAUUUGCUGCACGAUUGGGACUUUCCGUCAACCGCGACGCCCUGGCCAGUGUCACCCGGGGCCUUGUCGGAGACACCUCGUUCGCGAUUCUCCCGGAAGUCACCAAAGAGCACACUUUCGGCCUGACCUUCCUGUUCCAGCUGCUCCCAUUGAUCAAGCUCUGGCUGCGCCCCGACUGGGAAACAUUCGUUGGCGCCAUCACCCUCUGCGGAUACGCGUCGUUCCUGUUCGGCUGGCACGUGCACGAAAAAGCCGUGCUCCUGAUCAUCAUCCCGUUCAGUCUGAUCGCACUCAAGGACCGUCGCUACUUCAGCGCCUUCCGGCCCCUCGCUGUCGCCGGGCACGUCUCUCUGUUCCCUCUUCUCUUCACCGCCGGCGAGUUCCCGAUCAAGACGGUCUACACCAUUCUGUGGCUGGUCCUGUUUCUCUACGUCUUCGACCAGGUGGCGCCCGUGUCGGAGCAGCGCCGCGUCUUCGUCGCCGACCGCUUCUCCCUCCUGUACUUGACCUUCGCCAUCCCGCUGAUCGUGUACUGCUCCGUCGUGCACCAGCUUAUCUUCGGGCUGGAGCGAUACGAGUUCCUGCCUCUGAUGUUCAUGAGCAGCUACUCUGCUCUCGGGGUCGUGGGCAGUUGGGUCGGAUUCAUGGUCGUUUUUUUCACUGCGUAGCUGCAGAUCUGUAUAGUCAAGCUAGUGCCUAUCUACCCAACCAACACCAAAAAGUUUC